AUCUUAAUGGUAUAUGUCACGGACAUUCUGGAGACUCCUACAAGUUUCAAGUUUCACAAUAAAGUGAACAACACCAAAAUCAUCCAUCCACCCACCAUUUCCAAUGUUGCUCCACCUGCUGGCGUGUGGUACAACUUCUGCAAGCUAAAACCACUCUCCCCUAAGGAAGCCUUUGAAGAAGACCUCUUGCUACAGUCCAUCGCUUGGCCUGACACUCCACCUUUACAAUCUCUUUCCCUGAGAAAGUCCAGUGACCCAGCCCACAGCACCUUCACCAUUCUCGGAAGGAUGGGAGAAGGACAGUGGCAAAUAGGGGAUAAGAUGGAGGUUAUUAUUAAAAUGUAUGAUUUCCAGGGCCGUCCAAAGAACUGUGGGGGAGACGUCAUAGUCGCUCGCCUACACAACCCAGCUCUUGGUGCAGGUGUAGCAGGGAAAGUAGUGGAUCAUCUCAAUGGCUCCUACUCUGCCGUAUUCUCUUUACUCUGGGAAGGAAGUGCACAGGUUGAGGUAAUACUGGUUCACCCCAGUGAGGCAGUCACAGUGCUGGGCAGACUCACCAGAGAACAGCCAGAUAGAGUUUUUUUCAAAAGCCAGUUCCGCUCAGGGAGGGUCAGUGAAACUACCACCUGUAAUGUAUGUUUGCGUCCAUCCCGGCAGCCUGUGUGCAACUACACUGAGCUGCAUACAGGUCAGCAGUGGUUCUGCUACAAGCCAGAGAAGCUCAGUUGUGAUGCCAGGAUCAGUCACUCCAGGGGGGGAUUUACACAAAACAUCACCGCCAUGGAGAACAAGCUGUUUCAAAGUGGUGUCAACUUAAAAGUCUCCAUCCAAGCUUCAGGACUUGCCAACAUCACUGUAUUGCAGCAAAAGAAAGGUAAAGUGAGUCUGGAGUCUGGUCCCUCUGGCUAUUACUACCAGGGUGUGUGGCGAGCUUUAGGUGGCACCACAGUUUGGCAGUUUAACACUUCCUCAGCCAUUACUCAGUGUCUGAGAGGAAAGGUGAUUAAAAUGUACGGAGACUCCACCAUCAGGCAGUGGUUUGAAUACUUUAAUGGAGCAAUAUCAGGUCUCAAGGAGUUUAACCUACAUAGCCCUAAGCAAACUGGACCUUUUAUUGCCCUGGACUACCCAAAUAACAUCUUCCUGAUGUACCGUUGCCAUGGUCCUCCUAUCCGGUUUAUGAAUGUCCCUAUCAGCGAGGUGCAUUAUAUUGCCAAUGAGCUAGACAAUGUGAUUGGAGGCAGCAACACAGUUGUAGUUCUUGGCAUUUGGUCACACUUCAGCACUUUCCCCAUUGAAGUCUACAUCCGACGGCUGCAGAGCAUCCGCAGUGCAGUGGUGCGCCUGUUGUCCAGGGCUCCAGAAACACUGGUUGUCAUUAGGACUGCAAAUCCCAAAGCUUUGAACCUCUAUGAGACACUUACUAAUAGUGACUGGUACUCACUGCAGAGGGACAAGGUGCUCAGGGCCAUGUUCAAAGGAUUGAAUGUCCAUCUGGUGGAUGCCUGGGAGAUGGUUGUGGCCUACAACCUGCCACACAGCCUCCACCCACAACCUCCCAUUAUCAAGAACAUGAUUAAUGUUCUCUUGUCCUAUAUAUGCCCUCAAAAGGGUGGCUAGAUUUAUUUUUUAACAGACCAGCCACGUAUGAGAUGGACUGCAUUUUAAAAAUCUUUUUAACAGGAAUUUGAGGUGGGAAAAAGAACCAAAGCAUGAUGGGAUACAACUAUCGAGAGUGGGGUUGGUACAUAAA